UCGUGGGAAAAAUUGUCAUUGCUUGCAAGCUCGUGACGUCACACGCACAUAGUUACAUGCAGCGGUGGUAUAUAGUCGGUGCUCACGCCGUGCUUCAGCAGAAAUUAUUCUCUCAAAAAUAACACUUAGAAGAGCUAUUUUUCAGUCAUAAUGGGUUUACUGGACCUUUUACGCAAUCUCAAGACCAAGCAUGAGACGGAGUUACGUGUCCUUCUCCUGGGUCUAGACAAUGCCGGCAAGACGACCAUCUUGAAGAAACUUGCGUCAGAGGAUAUCUCUCGCAUCAACCCAACACAAGGCUUUAAUGUUAAGACGGUCAAGACUGGCAACUGGCAUUUGAAUGUCUGGGACAUUGGGGGGCAGCAGAAGAUUAGGCCAUACUGGGCCAAUUAUUUCGACAACACAUCCAUACUAAUCUACGUCAUUGACAGCUCCGAUUCAGAGAGACUUGAAGAAACUUCAUUGGAAUUAGCCACCUUAUUAUCAGAGGAAAAGUUGGCCAACGUGCCCGUUCUCGUCUAUGCAAAUAAGCAAGAUCUGGCGCUGGCAGCUUCGGCUAGCGAUAUAUCAACGGCGAUGGAACUUACAAAGAUCAGGGACAGAGAUUGGCAGAUUCAGGCGUGCUCGGCGUUAACCGGGGAAGGGCUACAGGAUGGUCUUGACUGGGUCUUUAAGCACGUCGUGACAACAAAGAAAGGAUCAAAGAAGUAGUCAAUCGGGAAAAUGGAAUGUUAACGAAACCCAACAAAAUCUAGAGACUGUUUAUCUGUCCGCUUCACCCUGCGAUAGGCACUCAGGCUUGAAACAAGACUAACUGUAUCGACUUGAGUUACGCAGAUGGGAUCCGUGUUAAGGACAGACUUGAUAACACAGUGGGUGAGUGGUACCCCAUCCCUUUCGAGGGAUUGUAGUAUUGAUUUUAAUGGGAUUCUGUUUCUAUCUGUCAUGGGGCACUGUCUAUAUAUUUUCUGUCUUUUAAAAGCCGCAUCUGAAUUUGCUUGGCUACGGCUUGAUAUUACACCUGGGCUUAUGGAAGCGGCUGACUGACUUAUGUGUGUUACCGCUAGCCGCAGCCAUUGAAUUUGGACGUGGUGUAAUGCUGGCCAUAAGUUGAAUAGCCAAUCUUUUGGGAGCAUUAGAAUGUAUUUUACAGUCCAUUUUUGUGACAACCGCCAUAUUGUGGGACAGGCAUCAUGCACAUUUAACGUUUGUCAAAAGUUGAAAACAGUAUGCAUUAUGCCUGUUUUACAUCGUGGCAGUUGUCAAAGAGACGAUUCAAAUUGUGAAUUCAGACAAACAUAUUCCUGCUCAAAAUGAUUUGCUUUUGAAAUAAACUAAAUAUUAUGGUCAGUGCUGUCAAUACAGUUAGUUGUAUGGUACGGUCAAUGUUAGUUGCUUUGUCAAGAAAUAAAGGUACCAUACUCAAGAAUUGUAUGUAACCACACUUGAUUCGUGGGACCAACCUGUACUUUUUUUAUUUUUUUUGCGGGGGGAGAUAAACUUUUAAAAUUUAGCCUUGAGAAAUUGAAGUUGGAUUGAGAACGAUAUAAUAAAAAAAAUUAUGACACAAUUCUGCCUCCCCGCCCCCUUGACACUUCAUAAGACACCAAGACAUUACAGGCAUUCUAGAAAAUGACAGUCAACCAUUUUGAUUGAAAUGUACUGAGCAUACACAAAAACUAUUGAAUUUGUUGCAUUUUGUUCAUUUCACAAAUGAAUCACGGUGCCUUGACUACGGUGUCAUUAUUUUUUUCUCGAAAUGGCCUGCUCACCCAUCAAUCCAAGCACUAGCACUGCAUACAUGCUAUAAUUUUAUUUGGUCCCACCUUUAAUUUACACCUUUUCUCUUAAAAUUCAUCAAAAAGUUCUACAUCAAAACUAUGGGUGGAUCAGAAUUUCUUUGAAAACUAAUUUGACAUGGCUAUUCCGAAUAAUUUGAAUACCACCAACUUUGAACUGUUUUGCAUAUUUACUUUUCGGGUUAUCGAUUAUAAAUAUCAACCAAAUCUAUUGGUUAAUAUCGUGCCUUUUAUACAUGUACUGUGGUGUGGGUUUGUAAAAAAAAAGUUGUGCGUGCGUGGUUAUAUUUGUUUCAACAAGUAAACUACCACUGCCCAUGUACACAGAGCUUUAUAUUUUUUUUGUCGGUGGAACUUUGUAAAUUGUGGACACGUUUAGGUGUUUGUGAAGUUAACUUAAGUCCUAGGCCAUUCCAAAUGCUCCAAAAUCCUAUGUUUGGUUUUGAUAGAAUUUGAUAGAUGUGGGACUGCAGGGCCUUGACAGCAUGGCUCCACAUAGGAGUGAAUGUUGCAUUUUUGUUUAGGGGACAGGGAAUGUUUUGUUGGGUAACCAUACAGCGUUUGGAUUUUGGAGGAUUAGGGGUGGUUCCUUGUAAAAUUAGGAUUAUAUUGGGAUUGCCAAAAAGUGAGAGGGGUUUAUUGUGUAGGGAGGGGAGUUACUUUAGUUCUUAGAGCCUUCAACGGAAUUGACCAAAGUGCAAAAUAUUAAAUUAGAAUUGAACUUUUUUUAGCCAUGCCAGUCCCCUGACAAGUUAUAAAACGUACAUAGAACAAAAAGAUAGUCAUAAUGGACUCCACUAUUUAAUUAAUAAGCCAAAUAUUCAAUAUUGUACUUACAUUUUAAAAAGAAGAACCAAUUUUUGAAAAUUCCAUCCACUUAAGUUUAAGCUGUAUAUUUACCGAGUAUAAAAUUGAGAAUAGGAAACUUAUAAGUUAAGAAUUAUUAUUUGUGUGAUACUGUGUGUGUGUUGAUGCAGAAAAGCUAACUACAUAUAUGUCCUACACUGGCCAAUAUUCAAUCAAUAAAAACAUGAAAGCAGUUCCAAACACAGAAGAAAUCAAAACAUUCUAAAAAGUUAAAUCCUUCUUUUGGAAUUGUGGAGUUUUUCUCACCAAAAAAGGAGCAAAUGGAGAAGUAUUCAGUAUCUUAAUUAGAUGUAUUCCUUAAAUAGUGAAGAAUUCAGACGAUAUCCAAAUAAUAAUUGAAAUUAACAAAGUUUGAUUUUUGAAAUGUCAGUAAUGGCACAUUUUCAAGCUGCAUCGUAUGAAUGUCAGACUGAAAGCUAUCUCCCAAAGUAUUUUCAGUACCCAUAUCAGUUUUAAAAAACAGUGCAGAAUUCUGCCUUUUUCAUAUGAAAAACAACUAACCCUACUUACGCCUUACAAGAUCCAAACAUAAAACAUUCUGCUGGAUUUUGUCGGUCUGAAGUGUGAACCAAAAUAUUUUUCCGUUACAGCUGUUGGUUUCAGCAGAGUUCUGACAAAAUACUUGGCACGGGUCAGGGAUAAAAUAUCCUGUUUUUGGGUGUGUGAAACAUGGACAACUUUGUUUUAAGGAGGGCCGUGGCUUUGCAUAACUUGAGGGGUUAAUUGAGAGCAUCAACUCUAACAAAGGUCAAGAUAAUUACUACAAAGGUCAUGACAAGAUAGGCUCUUUCAUUCAUAUGUUCAAAAUUGUGUGAAAACAUUUUAAUAUUUUUGGUUAAGUCUUAUUUUGAUAUAUUUUUUAAAGUACAGUACUCGUACAUUAUUUAGUAGUUUGUGAUUUCAGAUAACGUGUUUUGAUUUUGACAUUCAUAAAGUCAAGCUUUCGAAAGGUAGUAAUUUGUUUUAGUUCAAAAUCACUCUAGUGCAGCAAUCUCAUGUAUUUGUAUGUAUGUUCUGGUAAAAAAAAAUGAAAACAUGUAUGUGCUCAAAAAGGCAUUCAUUUGUUUUGAUACAAAGUUGGAUAAGUUCCUUUCAUUCCCCUUAUCUUUUAAAGUUUUUUCAACUUCAUUUAUUGUUGCACUGGAGUGACUAUUGUGUAGUCUAGACUCUUCAAAAUUAAAAAAAAAAUUUCUCUGUCGGGCAAAUAAUCAACAACUGAUGUAAAAAAGAAGGUUGAAGACAUUCAAAUCAGUGCAAUCGUAACGUUAGGUUUGCACGCUUUUGUCUUUUGACUAGUAUUCAUAAUAAAUGAAAUUUUUGAUCAGUCAUAAAAUGAACUACAUGUACAUUGAUUGUAUCACAGCCUACAAACUCUCUUCAGUGCACGGACAUGUAUGUACAUGUACUUUGCUUGAAUACAGAGCCCAUAUUAAUUUGUUUCACCUUGAGUCGAAGUUUCAUCCAUUUUCAGAUUUUAUUUUGUAUAUAUAGCAUAUGUGUUCCUGUUUAUGUGUUGAUUAUAUCAGAACAAACGUAGACUUGUAUUUACUUCUCAGACAGAAAUAUUUGUACUGACAACCGUUAAAUUAUUGAUUUAAGCUCUGUGAGGGAAAAGGCAUUUAAAAUGGGAUGUAAAUGCAAUGAUUGCAAAUAAAUUCAAGUCACAUUUUGUGUAAAUUAA